UCCAAACCCUAGUCCUCCUCCUGCUUUGCGUUCCUCCCUCUAUGGAAAGCUUGCGCGACCACAGCCUGCGCCAUCGCCUCCUUGUGCAUUCAUCGCCCUCGUCCGCCUGCAAGGAAGUUACAACAGGCUCCUCUCACUCCAUCGAUGUUGCCGUUACUCAUGGAGUGAGUGCCCGUCUCACAUCCUUGAGUUUUCGGGACAGAGUGACACAAUUGAUGAGGACAGAUAGUUUGCGUCGGUGUAAAGGAGUGAAACAACGUCGGUAAUGCGUUUCUUAUUCGUCUGAUGACUGGUUUUGAGUCUCGACGUAUGGGGAUGAUUUCUGAAACCUGAAGGAUGGACGACCACAUUUUGAGGGGUUUCGUAUGGUGGCGUAUUGGAGAGUUGGGUUCCGACUUGGGGGGGAAGCUUGAUGUGAGAAGAGUAUAUCGCUCGUGAAAUAUAUUGAAACUGCUCAAUCGUUCGUGACGAAAUCUUUUGAGGCCAAGAGGGAGGCGAUCAGUUACAAGAUGAGCAAUCCUUCGUUCGGAAGUGCGGGAGGUCAGCCAGAGCCAGGAGGAGGUUCAAUUGCAUCGACGCAGCCAGUGAUGCGGCCUGGGUAUGGAAUGCCAAUUCAGCAGCAGCCAAGACCGUACGCUCCCCCGCCAGCCGGAUUUGUACCAUCACAAGGGCCAGCUCCGGGGCAGUCGGCAGCGCCUGUUAUGCCUCCUGGAGUUCCUGUUUCUGGUUCUGCAGGCGCGCCCCGCUACUCUGCAUCUUCCUAUGGACAAAUGGUUCGACCCCCGGUGUUUACACCGCGUCUUCCGAUGGGACCACUUCCAGUACCAAUGCUUGCAAGACCUCCUGGAACUGGGAUCCGGCCUAUGCCGCCAGUGCUGAAGCCACCGCCUGGUAUGCUGCUUAACGACCUUGCUGUGAAAGGUCUGGCUCAGGUCGCAGCUCCACCCGAAAAGCCUCACACGACCGUGUACGUUGGGAAAAUUUCUUCCACUGUUGAAGAUGAAUUUCUUCGAGCAAUUCUUCAGCUCUGCGGAGGCAUCAAAAGCUGGAAACGUGCUCAGGAUCCUACGACUGGCUCUCCUAAAGGCUUUGGAUUUUGUGAGUUUGAGUCUGCUGAGGGUGUGCUGCGAGCUCUCCGUCUUCUUAAUAAAUAUUCUCUGGAGGGGCAGGAACUAGUGCUGAAUGUUAAUCAAGCAACAAGGGAGUACCUUGAGCAUUAUGUCUCAAAAAAGAAAGAGCAGGAGAGGAUUGCACUAGAAGAGGAGGCAGCCAAUCGAGAAGAGGAAGCUGCACCUGGAGUGGAAGUUGUGCCUGCGCCCAAGAAAGCAAUGAAUGGCGUGUAUUCCGAUAAGGACGAAUGUACUUCUAAAGAGGAUUCUAAAAAAUUCGGUCUUGUGACUCAGGCUGACAAGGAAGUCGAUGAUCAAGCUGUUCAGAAACUCAACGCUAUGCUGGCUGAAAGGGCAAAAACGAGACCUCUGCCUCCACCGCCUCCCUUGCCUUCUACUUCAGAAACUAAUGUGAAGAGCAGUUCUGUUGCUGAUGGUCCAUCUCUUGUUAAAGAUGGUGACUCAUCUGCAGACGGAGUAAAGAGUGAAAAUGUCAGUGCAAGGAACGACGAUGAUACUAUAAGCGAACAAAAGCAAACCAGCGCAGAUGUAGAGGCGAGCUCUGCCGAUCGUGGUAGGCGAAGUGAGCGGGUCUCGGAACGUGAAAGAGAACGGGAUUUGGAACUGGACAAAGAACGUGAAGUGGAACGUUAUGAACGGGAACGUGAAAGAAAGCGUUUACGCCGGGAGCGGGAUCGAGAAAAUAGGGCACGGGAAAUUGAACGGUUGUACGAAGAGCGUGAAAAAGAAUGGGAGAGCAGAGAGUGGGAGAAAGAGAGGCAACGGUUGCAUGACAAGGAAUGGGAAAAGGAAAGGGAAAAAGAGAGACGCAGAUUGAUCAAGGAACAGGAGGAAGAGAGUGAUGAUGAAGAUGAUCGUCAUAAGCAUCGGUAUCGAAGUGCUGCCUACGAUGAGAAACGGAAUCGCCGUCAAAGAGAGUAUGAAGAGGAUUUGGCUGAUCGCAUUCGGGAGCAAGAAGAGCGUGCUUCUGCUGAGCUUUACAAACGUCAUAAACCGAGUCCUGAACCUGCAGUUAUAUCCAAUGAUGAAAAUGUCGCGGACGUCGACGAAAAACCUAUCCCAUCAACUAAUCAUGUCGAGGAGCCCGUGAUUUUGCCUGACCCAUCUGCGCAUGUUGUAUCAAUGUUCGAUAGUGAUUCAGAAGAAGUGGCAGGUCCCAUAGAAGAGGAUGCUGGCAACGGUGUUCACCCAAUUGGAAUAGAAGAUAAUUCAGCUGCAGCUGUCAACGAUCUGAAGCUCAGUAGUAGCCCUGCUCCUCGCAAGCUCGGAUUUGGUCUUAUUGGGUCGGGAAGGCGCAGUGCAGUACCCUCUGUGUUUACUCAAGAAGACGAGGAUCCUACUCCCGAUGCUAACAAAUUGCGUACACUAGUCCCUAUCGACUAUUCUGCAGAAGAAAUGCAUGUUGUCUCAUCUGUCUCAUGUGCCCCACCUCCUCCAUCUUCAAGUGGUGGGCUAGCUCACAAUCUAGCAGCUGCUGCAGAGUUUGCCAAGAGUUUAUCCUUGUCAUCAGCGAAGGUUGAGAACGACAAAGAUAGGUCUAGAAGGUCCAGAGAUAAGGCUAACGAUCGAGAUAGGUCUCGGAAGGAGAAAGACCGAGAUCGUGACCGAGACAGAGACAGAGACAGAGAGAGGGAAAGGGAUCGUGAUCGUGAGAAGGACAGAGAUUGGGAGCGUGAACGUGAUCGUGACCGUUCCUCCAGGACGGAGUCCAAGACAUCUGAAACGAAAAAUGUUGUGAAUGCCAAGCAGCUAAUUGAUGCCAUUCCCACGACCAAAGAAGAUCUAUUUAAUUUCCCUGUGAAUUGGAAUGUUUAUGACACGCAUGGCCUUCAUGAAAAGAUGCGACCUUGGAUUUCAAAGAAAAUCACAGAGUUUCUGGGUGAGGAAGAGACUACAUUGGUGGAUUUCAUAGUGAGUAGCACCCGGAAACACGUUUCAGCAGCUACUAUGUUGGAGCUUCUAGAGGCUAUUCUUGACGAUGAGGCUGAGAUGUUUGUACUGAAAAUGUGGCGUAUGCUCAUCUUCGAGGUCCGACGGGUCGAAACUGGUCUUGUUACAGGAACGAACAAACCUUAAGAUGAAUAGCAUCUGUCUUCAAAAUUACCUGUUCCAUUUUCUUCAGCUUAGUUUAGAGGUCCGAAUUCAACAUCAUGAAUGAGGGAUACAUUUUCAACUGAUUUCAUUGUUUUGUUAAAUCUAUAUGCAUAAAUAUUUCUGGCUGCUUUGUCCACUA